AUGUCUACAGUAACAAAGAAAAAUAAAAGUUACCUUGAAUCAUUGUCAGAUGAAGAUGUUCUAACCUUGAUAAAGAAAUGUUAUAGAGAUAAAUUGAUAUAUGGUUAUGUUCAGUGGAAAUUGUUGGAUAGAAAAAAAUUUUCGAAGCGUUUCUCAGUUAAUACAUUCAAAAAUAUAUGGAGAAUAAUUAAUAAGAGAUUUGAUGAUUAUUAUGCCAUAUAUAAAAAUGAUUUAUGCCAGAUUGAGAUGGAAGCACAAGAAGUGAUAUCGAAAAAUAAAGAAGAAAAAAAAAAAAAAAAAAAAGAUAAAGAAAAAUUUAUACAGUUAUAUUCAUCCAAGUUAAGUGUAAGUCUUUCAAAUAUAUCUUUAUUAAGAAAAUUCAGAAAAGUAAAUAGUAGUAUUUAUUGUCAUAAUAGCAAUAGUAAUUAUUAUAGUCCUCUACAAAAUAAUUUAAACAACAGUUAUAGUAAUAUGUUAAAAAUUGCAUGUCAAAAUGGAGAAAAGAUCAAACAAAAUAAUAUAAAAAAGGAUAUAAUAAAAGGUGACAAAUAUGAUAACAAUAAUAAUAAUAUUAAUAGUAGUAAUAAUAGAAAUGUUGAUUAUAUUAAAAAAAAUAAAAAUUAUAUAAAGAGAGAAAGCGAAUUAUUAGACCUGUAUUUUUUAAUAAUAUCUUUAAUUCAUCAAAAUAAAAGAUUUCUUCUUUUAAGAAAAAUAGACGAAAUUUAUGAGAGGAAUAAUUUAAAAUGUUAUAAAAACAUAAACAAUAUUUAUAAUAAUUAUAUAUUAAAUAUUAUUAGGAUGAUAUAUGAAAUGUGUGUUAUAUCCAAUAUAAUAAAUAAUAAUAAAACAUCACAAGAACAAAUUCAUAAAAAUGUAAGUAAAUAUAUAAAUAAUAAAUCAAAGAGUAAUAUUUCUUAUAAUAAUAUAUAUACAAGUUUCACUAGUAACAUUCGAUCAUAUGGACAUGAUAUAUAUAAAAAAAAUAAUAAACAUACUGAUAGUAAUAAUUUUAUUAAGAAUAAAUGUUUGGAUAAUAAACAAAAUAUAAUAAUAAUAGAAACUAAUGAGAAAAUAUAUAGAUUUGAUAAAAUGGAUUUAAAUUAUGAUAUAUUUUAUUAUAUAUAUAUAAAUAAUUUAACAUUAAAAAAUAAUCAAGUAAUAACAUUUUUUUUACCUUUACCAAAAAAUAAGCCUAUUCAUUUGACAUAUAAAAAUAAUAAUUUUUAUUAUUUUGAUGAUAUAAUAUAUUUAAAUAAAAAUCUAAGUGAAGAUAUUUAUAAUUAUAUUUAUAUUAUGCAAAAAUAUUUCCUUUCUUUUCAAUUCUGGUUUUUUUAUUUAAGAUAUCAAGGUAUAGAGAAAAUGAAAAUAUUAUUUAAUAAAGAAUUAUCAAAUUUAUUUUUCUACCUUUCUUCUAGUUAUGACAAAAUAAAUAAUAAAUCAUCAAAUAUUCUUUUUUAUGAAAACAAAAAAAAAAAAAAAAAAAAUUCUUAUAAAUUACUCUUUGAAUUUAAUAUAAAAAGAUUGAUAAGCAUAUGUUUACAUAUAUUAAAAAUUUAUCUAAACGAAAAAAUUAAAAUUAAUAUAUCAUAUUUUCAAAUAAUAAAAAUAUUAAAUUUAUGUUUAAAUCCUACAUGUAACAAAAAAAUUAGGCGACAUUAUGUAGUACACAUGAAAUUUGUCAAUAGUAUUUUUAUCAAAUUAAUCAAAAUGAAAGAUAAAAAAAUUAAAAAAAAAUAA